AUGUUAGCUCAACCUCCACCGCCUUCAUUCUCUCCUUCAACUAUUUCCUCUUAUUCCGCUAUUUCCUCUUCCACCACUAUUUCCUCUUCCACUAUUUCCUCUUCCACAACUUCUUUCGCUAUUCCUUCUUCUCAUGCUCUAAUUUCCCCUUCACCUCUUUCAUCACCUUUAUUUUAUGAAGAUGCUAAUUCAUCUUCCACCACUUCUUUCACUGUUUCUUCUUCUCAUGCUCCAAUUUCCCCUUCACCACCUUUAUUUCAUGAAGAUGUUGAUUCAUCUUCUGCCGCUAAUAUUUACGGAAUCCACAUUUUAUAUUUUAUUGAUAUAAUCUUAUUUGGAUUGGAUAUUCUCUUUGGCAUUUAUUUUUAUUUCAACAAAGAGACAAAAGUUUCAGAGUUUGUUUUUAUAAUUUUCUUAAAUGUUUUAAAUAUAAUUCUCAGUACACUUGGAAUGAUCGUCGGAUGCGAUAAAACAGAUAAUGCAAUCAUACAAGGAUUAAUGACUAUAUUUUUUUGGGUUCCAGCAAUAUUAUUAUGUAUCAAACUAGGAUUUUGGAAUUAUAGACCAAGCGCGAGGAUGGAAAUUGAAUAUGAAAAGUACAUAAUAAUUUCCACAGCUUUUAUAAGUUUGUUAAAUGCAAUUCGCUUGUAUAAUAAUUCAAAAGAUUACAAUUCUUUCAAUAUUGAAAUUUUUAAAAUAGUUAUGAUUUUGAUCAGCAAUUAUGGCAAGUUUCUAAAACCAAUAUUAUUAAUUAUUCCAUUAACUGUUCAAGGUAUUAUCCUAUAUCCUAAAUAUGAUCAUAUCACCAUAAUUCUUACUAUUGUUUUAUCUUUUGUAAUAACUUUCAUACAUUUGUGUCGGGAAGCUUGGACGUGUCCAAAAUUUCAACAAUUUCUGGAAUUCAAUGAAUUUUUAAGCCAUUUUUUUAUGGAGUUAAAGAUAAUUUUAAUGACAUUUUGUGUAUUUGGCGCAUAUUUUAUAGGAGCGAUUAUGAUAAUUGCUAUAUCAAUGAGACAAGCGUCAAUGCCAACACAAGUGUUUGUCAUGUUAGCUGAAUUUUAUUUUUAUUAUUUUAAUGAAGAUAUUGUUUUAGAAACUUUUUUAGAAGAAUUACAUUAA